GCGGCCCUUCGACCCGAGAGAGCAGUCGCUCCGGUUGCUCGCUUCAAAAGAAUCGAAGCAAAGAUGGACUCCUGAGAGAUUUUUAUAUACACAGCAGAGUCGACCCCGAGACUUCGGAAUAUUCCACCGUUAAAUUCUCUCACCGAGGCGCGCCCGGAGGGCCGGAACGUUCUUUUUAUGAUCACGCUCGCGAGGUGUGAACGAUGAUCGUGCAGGAGCCAGUGCAGGCGGCCAUAUGGCAUUGUUUAAAUCACUAUGCUUAUCCAGAUGCUAUAUUCCUGGCAGAACGAUUGUGUGCAGAAGUGGACACAGAGGAAAGUUUGUUUCUUUUAGCAACAUGUUACUAUCGGUCUGGCCGGAUUAGGCAAGCUUAUGCCUUAUUAUCCCAGAAGGCGCCUAGUUCGGCACAGUGUAGGUUUUUGCUAGCAAAAUGUUGUUACGACUUGGAAAAAUAUGCAGAAGCAGAGGCUGCAAUAAUCGGCGGAUAUUACAAACAGUUGAAAAAUUUGGAAGAGAUAACAACCCAGUUUGGAGAACAGGCAUGCUUUUCCCUGCAGAUAAUAGCAAAGAUUUAUUACAAAAUGAUGCGUACCACGAGAGGUAAUGAAGCACACAAGCUGGCUUUGAAAUUGAAUCCCUUCCUCUGGAACUCGUUUGAAGAGCUGUGCAACGUCGGCGAGAAGGUGGAUCCCACCAAGGUUUUUCAGUUAGACAAACUAGAUUCUUUUGCCAUGUGCCAUGGUACCGUUUCUACGCUCAACUACGUCACCGAACCGGAUCUCAUCGUACCUGGAAGUAACGCCAAUAGUACACCUAUGUCAAAUGGCACUAACCUUACACCCGUGACGAUAGCGCCGACGCUGAUAAAUGGCGGUCAGGUACCUCAGGUACGAUUGUGUUCCACUAUAGAGGAGACCCCGCAAAAUGUGCCGAUUCACUACAGCAAUUGUUCCUCGAUAUCGCCAAGGACCAAGUUGUCGCGUUAUCGUAGCAUGUUCAGCAAUUCCAUGAGUCCGCUCACGCCUAGUUUCGGUAUUUUACCGCUCGACAACAAUACACCCGAGCCGACAGUUCCACCUUCGCACACGACUCUUACGGAAGCCAAUGAUCAAAAGAGUUUGGCGAAACGCGUCAGUAGUCUAAGAGCUCAUGUUGGGCAAUUAAUGUCGAGAAAAGAGACACCAUUGCAACAAGGCAAAUCAGUAUUUUCCCAGUCGGGUAAUACGAGCAAUACUGCCAACAUUGUGACGGUGACAGCAGCUAAUCCUACUUCACCUCCGUCACCGACAUUUCAAGGCACCAAUGUUAGACGGUCCUCGCGACUUUUCAGCCAUAAUUCCGUAAAAGAAAACAAUAAAUCACCUAAUAGGAAUAAAUUUGCAACUCCAAAAUCUCCGUCUCGGAAGACAAAAGCAAGACUAGCAAAGGCAAAUUUGAAUAAAACCAAUUUCAACGAAUUAAACGAGAGGAAUAGAAAUGAAAAAGAGAAGAGUGAAACGAUUACAUCUGAAAAAGCUGUAGCUAAUGCAAAUGCACUUAAUGCCCAAAAUAAUAACAUUCAUUGUGGGAUAACUUUACAAAAACAGUCGGCAGAGGGAUUAAUGUCUUUGCUACGAGACUUAGGGACGGCAUACCAAAACUUGAGUCAGUUCAAAUGUGCGCAAGCGAUUGAAAUAUUAAGUAUACUGCCGACACAGCACUAUAAUACGGGCUGGGUACUUUCUAUGUUAGCUCGUGCGCAUUUCGAGAUGAUGGAUUAUAAAAAGGCUGCUAGUUAUUUUGCUGAAGUGCGACAGUUAGAGCCUCAGAGGACAGAAUUGAUGGAGAUUUAUAGCACUGUUCUAUGGCACCUGCAUGCGGAAGUACAGUUGUCUACGCUUGCUCAAGAUCUGGUUUCCCAAGACCGUAAUUCGGCGGCGGCAUGGUGUGCCACGGGAAAUCUCUUCUCGGCGCAGACGGAGCAUGAAACUGCGAUUAAAUUUUUCCAAAGAGCCAUUCAGGUGGAUCCUAAUUUUCCAUACGCCUAUACAUUACUAGGACAUGAAUACGUGUUGACUGAGGAAUUAGAUAAAGCAAUUACUGCUUUCCGUAACGCCAUCAGACUCGAUCCGAGGCAUUAUAAUGCAUGGUUUGGUCUGGGAACGAUAUUUUCAAAACAGGAGCAAUAUAGUUUAGCGGAAUUACACUUUAAACGGGCCUUACAAAUAAACCCGCAGAAUUCUGCGUUGAUGUGCCACAUAGGUGUCGUGCAACACGCCCUGAAAAAGACCGACCAAGCAUUAAAGACUCUGAACACAGCACUAAUUAAUGACCCGGAUAAUACUUUGUGCAAAUUUCAUCGCGCCAGCAUCAACUUCUCUAUUGGUCGACAUAUGGAAGCUUUAAGAGAAUUUGAAGAGCUAAAAAAUAUUAUACCCAAAGAAUCUCUAGUCUAUUAUUCAAUAGGAAAGGUGCAUAAAAAAUUAGGCAAUACCCAUCUUGCGUUAAUGUACUUUAGUUGGGCUACGGAUUUAGAUCCAAAGGGUGUUAAUAGUCAAAUUAAGGAGGCUAUAUUGAGUCCAGGUCAGGGAGAUGAUGACUCCCCUCCGACGCAAUCAGAUGAACAGCAAGCACAAAAUAAUUCAAUGGAACAGGACAUUGAAACCAAUAGAGAAGGAAGUGCCGCGCCACUUGCCGGAAACGUUUCGGUCGAGCCUCAUGCCGACGACAGCGAUGAUAGUUUAUGAAAACAAUACGUGAGAAAACUUCCGUGAAAAAAGAAAUAUGGGGCGUUAUUAUCCUCGUUGUCAGUCAUUCGAAUCGUUUCUUAUUCGCUGAUUUGGCUUCGCUUACAGAAUGAUGUGCGAUCAUUGAUUUAAAUUGAACGGUUGUCAACAUCUUUGCGAACUAUUUCGUACGAUACAUGAUUUAGUUAAAAAGUAAUUUUUUUCAAAUUUUUUUUGUCUUGAACGAAUUUGAGGUUCUUAUGUACAAAGAUGCGGAGUUCUUAUGAUAAUAGGAAACUCACGUGUGAUAUUCUCUAUCGAUUUGUACAAUACGCGUUUGCAUCUGUAUAUUUUUUACGAUUAUCUUUUGUAUUUCUUUAUUCAUCUCUCUUUUAUACCUCGUCUCGUCUUGCAGAUUAAAAAUCGCUUCAAGUUAAACGUGAUUUAAAGACGGAAACUUGUGUGAAGCUGAUCAAGUUUGGUUUUAAUCAAAUUAUAAUGAGGGAGGGAGAAGAAGGGAUGAUUUAAUUCUCGCUCGCGGACGAGGUAUUAGAGAUUUAUUACGGUUAAGUAGAGACUGUAUCAUGUUGCGAAAAGAUGAACGAAUAUAACCGUAAGCAUGUCAUAUAUAGUUAGGUAAUAUAAUUAAUUGUUCGCGAAUAAGGAGGAAGAGUCUUGUGUAAAUGUAAAUUAUUAUUACUGUGUAUUUACCGCUAUUAUUACUAUUACUAUUAGCGCUAUCAUUACCAUUAUUAUUCGUAUGGUUAUCAUUGUUGAUUUAGUGAUUGUGAAGAUAUCGUUGGCCGCUUUGCGUCGAAGCGGCCGCUCGGACGAUCGUGCAAUUCUCGUCAUGAAAAUCCCUUGAUCGAUCGAACAUACGAGUCCGAAACACCGCGACUGCGAUUUCGGUGGUUCAGUAAUCGCGCGAUUACAUAUUCGGUUUUCGAUCUCGACUCGAUAAUCUGGAAUUUAGCAUAACUCGCCUCGCAAAUGUCUAUAUAUAUAUAGAAAUAUUCGUCGGAUUAUAUUCUUAAUAGUGCUGGACAGAAUUUAUGACGUUUACGGCGUCGGUCUUCGUAUCGAUAUUAAGUGUACAAUGCAAAUUGUGUCGUUGCUCCUGGAAUUUCAUCGGAUUUCCCGGAACAGAGAAUAUGCAACAUCGUUGCACCCGAAGGAACGGCGUAUAUAAAUAUAUACGUUUAUCUCUAUAAUUUUGAAUGAAUUGAGUUGUGAUCCUAGCGCCGUCGCGCGCGCGUGACUGUACCAUUUUAUAUUGUACACGUAAUUAAACGAAAGACACGUCACGGAAAAAAAAGAAAUUUAUAGACAAAUCGCCGACUGAGAAGUGCGUCUGUAUGGUGCACGCAGAUAUCCCUCAUGUUUUUUCCGCUCCUUUAUAUCUCUGUCCUUUACAAUUUAUUUAUUUAUUUAUCUCUUUUUGUAUCUCUCUUCUCUCGCGCGUUCUGCGUUCAUCCCCCAUGCUUUUGGGGAAGAAUAGGACGAGAACGAAUAGGACAGAGUUCCUUUUGCAUAUUCGGCAUAUUAUAGCGUCUUGUCUCGUUAUUUAUUGAAUGGCGUCUAAUCAUUAUUUAUUGUUUGAGCCUCGUACGCUUAUCAGUGAUAAAUCGAGCGGAAAUGGAGUCGCAACUAUCUCCCAAAGAAUUUAGGAAACGCGUAUGUAUGUGAUGUCUGGCUCGCCUUUACCCAGCCUCCGCGAUACAGAAACCGAGAAGGUUCGAUCGAAGUCAACAAUCGCUGCCGUGUUACUCGUUACAAAGAGGUGUAUGCGCAAAAUAAAGGCCUGCACUUUUUACGAAAAA